GUAUAUAAGCCUGUUUGGAGGCAGAACCCGAAAUUCGAAAAUCAGAGUCGGAGAGGGGAAAGAAAAUGCGUAGAAGGCUUCGUCUCCCGACCUCUUCCGACGAAGACGAAGAUCGUCAAACCCUAAUCUCUCCAAACCCUAAUCCUAACCCUAACCCUAAUCCUUCUCCAAAUCCCUCCCCUCUCGAAAUCCCCGACGACGACGAUUUCAUCGACAUCCCCGCCUCUCCCUCCCCCCCUCCGAUUCCCCCACCGCCCGCCGCGACGGACCUAUCCUGUCCGAUAGACGCGUUCCUGAGGAAUCACGGACUGCGCCUGCAGCGGCAGUGGCUGGAUUCCUGCAUUUCCGUACUGUCGAGCUCGCAGCCCGGUUUCACUGCUCUGGAUGCUGCUGGAAAGGCGAAGCUUUGUUUCGAGCAGUUCCUGCUUUCUGAUAUGAAUGUAUCUGGAUUCGGUGUGCUGCCGGAGAAUGUGCACGCUAUGCAUGGUGUUGAGCUGGCGGGCCCCUUCGUCUUGCAGGAAGUUUCUGCUGACAGCUUUGAUAUUUUCAAGCUGCUUAAUUCCUGGACUGCAGCUGUUUCUUCAUCUAACACUGUGCAGCAUUUCGUCCAGGUUGAUGAAAUAGUUAAUAUUGGUUUACCUCUACGAGACAGGUAUCAUGAUGCACCUGCCGGGUAUAAGAGGUGCCUCAAAUUGUCAAUGACUGAUGGUGCUCAACUUGUUUUUGGAAUGGAAUAUAGGCCUAUCAGAGAUCUUGAAGUUUUGGCUCCUGCUGGUUUAAAGGUUUGCAUUCGAAAUGUACACAUACGACGUGGACUUCUAAUGCUGGUCCCGGAAGUUUUGGAGGUUCUAGGAGGAUUGGUUGAGGAUUUGGAUGCAGCACGCCAGAGGCUUGUCCAAGAAGUAAAUAAGCCACCUCGGGGCAAAAGGCAACGGAAUGGUGAUGCUCCUUCUUUGGCCACUAGAGCUCGGUGUGCUGCUUGGCCAUCCAAUACUGUUAAUGAUCAUGUUCCAGCAAAUGUUUCAAGAUCACUGGGCACCAAUCCACCUCAGUCAUUGGGCCAAGUUGCUACUUUGGCUACAACUGGCAGUAAUGCCGGAGGAAGAACUAGUGAAGGUAUUGCUGCUCCCAAUAGUACACGAGAUGCUGAAUCUAAUCCGUCAUCCUUGAAUACUGUCUCAGAUGUAGCUACUUUGGCCACAUAUGGUAGCAAUGCUAGAGGUAGAGCUGGAGAAGGGUUUUCUUCUUCUACACAUAGACCAAACACCAGAGUUGAUUCAUCAUUCUUAAAUAAUGUCUCCAAAUCUGCGACUUUGGCCACACCUAGCAGCGAUGCCAGAGGAAGACCUAGACGAGGGUUUUCUGCUCCAAGCAAUGUGCUGGAUGCUGAAGCUAAUUCAUCAUUUGCAGAUGCUGUUGUGGACGUAUCUACUUUGGCUACAUCUUGUGGUGAUUUUGGAGGAAGAACUAGAGAAAUGUUUGCUGCUCCCAGUAGUAUGCUGGAUGCUACAGGGAACUCAUCAUUCUCAGAAACUGUCUCAGAUGUCACUACGUUGGCUAGAUCCGGCAGUGAUGGAGGAGAAAAAACUUCAGAAGGGUUUGGUGCUCCCAGAAGUAGGCCAGAUGGUGAGGCUAGCCCAUCCUCAAAUGGUGUCUUGAAUGUUGCUACUUUGUCUCCAACAAGUAAUUGUGCUGUAGGAAGUCCAAAAGGGCCUGAUACUGGCAGUAGGAGGCCAGCAUCUGAAGCUAAACCAUCCUCUAAUACUAAGGAAAUCAAUAAGGUUGAUGAGGUGGGACACCUGCUCAUUCUAAGCGGCGACAAAGAGAUUCCUUUUACCUAUUUAGCUUGUUUGUUAGCAAAAUGGACUGCAAAGGAGGACACAUCAUCGUUUGUUCAUGGUAAAAUUAAGUGCUUUUUGACUGGUGUGAAAGGGUUCCAGUUUAGGAAUCGGAGUACAUAUGAGCUCCAAGUUUAUGUUGAUGAUGGUAGUCUUAUCUCUGAGGUCCUCAUUGAUCACAAAGUUGUGCAAAAGGGAAUAAGGCACUCUCCAGAGGAGGUUAAUGCUGCUCUUUCUUCUUCUGACAAGAAAACUGUUACCAGUAUGAAGGAAACCAUGAAGCAAUAUCAGCUUUAUUUGGCAAAAUUCGAGGGUACGAUGCUUGUGGAGAUAAACGGACUCUCUCCUCUUCCGGUUGCACUGGAGAUGGAUCAGGGUUGUCCAUCAUCUGAUGCGUGGCUGCUCCUUAGAAGACUGAGAAUAUUCACUGCUCCUGAAUCUCCACAGCACAACCAGUUUAAGCCCAUAGACAUAUCCCCUUGAUUCAGAAGAUUGAUUUGCCAUCCAUGCCUAGGAAAAAUAUGGAAAUGGAUUAUGUUGAGUUCGCAUCCAGAAAAUCACAAUUGCGGGAACAGUAUUUUUAUGAGCACGAAGGAUGAUGCCCUUGCACUCUCCUCUAUGAUGGUGCUUGUGCACUCUGACGGGCUAUGUUACCUGAGUAAAGGUGGGUAUGGGGUUUGAGAAUGGUACGGUUUGGGUUUGCCAGGUCUUCAAAAUCCAAAUUCUCAAGAUACGUGUACCCUUUACAGAUCUGUGAUGCGCAUCAGUAAUUUGUUGCCCAAUUGCGAUAAUUCACUACCAAAUUCUCCAGAUAUCAAAAUCCUCGUAAAUUUGGGUUUCAGGCCUUCGGAAACCGCUUCAAUUAUGUAAUCUUUUUUAAAAGGAUCCAAGUAUCAUAGCUGACAGUGUAUUACCUUUUUCAAUUGCUUGGGGAUUUACUUGGAUCACUGGGGGAGAUGGAGCCAACCCAUGAUUUUCAAUCUUGAGGGAGAGACGGUCAGAAUUUGCUCUGAGCUUCUAUGAGAUUCAAGACUGUUUCCAUCUUUGCAGAAAGUUGAGGAAUUAUGGAAGAUGUUUGAGUUGAAAGCUGAAAGCUGGGUUUUAGUGGUUAAGGGUCUGAGAACUCAUUUGUCUGUAUUUGGAUCUGAGUGAGCUGAUAGACGGAAGCCAAAAGUGUCAGGGACCACGUGUUUUAUCUGCGUUACGCCCAACACUUCCAGCAAGGUUUGCUUCCGGACUGAUUCCACUAAUUUGUUGUGAGUUCUUUUUUCCAUUUUGUUUUCUUUUUAAACGAAGUAUCUUGUUUCAGGGUGCAUUUGGUUGCACCAAAUAUCAUGAAAAUUUGUACCAAAUUAGUUUGAUUAAUCAUGAAAUGUCAUGAAAUUUUAUGAUAUCAGGCAGAAAUUGUCUUAUUCCAUUUGUAAGGUGUUAGACAAUGCAAGGAUCAGGGGAUUGUAGAGAAUGUUUGGGGUUUUUAGUUUCAGUUUGAACUUAAAAGUGAUCCCAAACAUCAAGAGGAUGGGACUCAUUACGAAUGGGCCAUGCACAUUGAAUCCUUGAAGAUCCUACCUAGAGAAUAUCUGGCCUUUUUUUUGCUCGAAUUAGAACAGCUGCUGUAUUUUUAUUUUCAACUGUUUCUUUGUUAUCCUUCCAUUGAAAGGUUUUUGGGUUUUUCUCCAUUUCAGUGGGUCCCUUUAUAAAUGGUUUGGAUCACUGAAGAAUGGGCCCCACUUAUGCAGACUGCAACCUGAAUGUUACUGCACAAUCACCGGAAGUGAGAUUGUAUAAUAACUUAUACUUUUUAUUACUUUCUAUUGAUACUUCCCUUUUUGGAUCA